AAUUAUUUACACUACGGACUCCUCUAUCGUCAUUCACAAUUCCCCUUUCUCAAAGUUAUCCACGUAGUCCACAUUUCCUCUCGAUCGUCGCCUUUGCUCCACCCAACUGCCGCCGCACCACUCGCCCACACACUGAGAACACCCCAAGCGCCUGCUCUCAGUUCGUCACUGUACCUAUACAUGCACGCAGUAUAUGCAUGUAUGUUAUUCCGUAUGCAAUUUGCCAACUAAUCUAUAGCAUUGCAGCGAUGGGGGAGCCAAACCCUAGGUCAAGAGGUGGAAAAUCCGAUCCUCGAAGCAUGCGUUGCCCGCACUGUGCCGGCCCCCUUGCCAAGGAGAUGGAGACCAGCGAUUGGACUGUUCCGCCGCUUAUUAGAGACAGCUUUUCUAUGAUAGGAUCAGCCGUUGGCGGUACAGCAGGCGCAUUUUACGGCUUCAACCAUGUUAUGCCUAUUGUCAGGAGGUGGAUCAAAGGACCUAUGUGGGUGCAUUUCCUCAUUGGUGCACCACCAGUUGUUGUUUUCUCAUCAGGAUGUGCUGGAUUAGCUGGUGGUUCCAUUCCAGCAUUAGCCCAACUUGCUUCCUCAUCAUAUCAUGCUUUUGUGUCAUCUUCACCUUCUCCGCCUUCAUCCUCGUAGAAUCUGACAAUUACUGAAUCUAAAACUUUGUCCUCUUUACUGCUGGUGGUUGCUAAUGAAGGGAGAAAUGGAAGGGCACUUUGACAGGGAGGACUGCUAUUACGAUGUCUUGUACCAGCUCUUUGAUUAGUGGGCUUACGCUUGGGGAUCAUAUGCAUCUUGUCAGCAAACAACUAAUGGGCUUGGUCCCAUAUGUAAUUUCUGUAAUUAGACUAUCUGCCCAUGAGGAACAUAUAUACUCAUCGAAUUAGUUUUGAAACUUCUUAAGUGUAAAAGCAGUAACAAAUCCAUUUACUGUGUCUUUUACAAAUUCAAGCAUGUAUGCGCUCGAAAAUGUCAUGUCAGUUGAUUUUAUACUAUCUUUGGUGUCUUUUUUAGCU